GACAAGCGACGCAGUUCAUUCAGUGACUGCUCGUGGGCUUGUGACAAGCACUUGGACAGACUGCUUGUGCAAUGACCUAACGCAACUAUUCUCUUCUCCCCGCGAAAAGAAUCCUACAGUUAUGACUUGUAUAUACAGCAAAGGAAAUAACUACUUCACAUAACACAGCAGUAGAUGAGGAUUUAUGUAGAGAUUGACCAGGCACGGAUACCAAUCUCCAAGACUAACAGUAUGUCGCGAAGAACAUGACAGUCCCUAGGCUAACCACUCACCAAUCCCCCUCCUCUUGGUUCAACGCAUCAGCUGGGUUACCUGAGACUCAGCAGUGGAACCAAACAUGUCGCAACAGCAGCGAUCAGAACUUCAAGUACCUGGCGUACACAGUGACCUACAGCAUUGUGUUCCCAGUUGGCUUCUUGUGUAACUCAGUGGCACUUUUCGUUUUCCUGCGGCUCACCCGCAAACGCUCUGCCAGCACCGUGUUGAUGAUCAACCUGGCGCUGUCGGACGCGGGCUUCUCGCUCACACUGCCCUUCCGCCUGGUCUACUACUUUCGCGACUGUCAGUGGGACUUCCCAGACUGGCUGUGCCGCCUGUGUGUCUUUGCCUUUUACCUGAACUUGUAUACCAGCGUGCUGUUCCUCACGGGGCUCAGCGUGCUGCGCUACAUCGCCAUCGUGCAUCCACUGCAAAACCGCUCGCUGGCGACAGUGAAACGGGCUACAUGGCUCUGCUUGGUAAUCUGGGUUGGUGUGGCGUUGCUCUCAUGCCCCUUCCUCAUGAUGGGGACUUGGGAACGACAGGGCAAGAUCAUCUGCUUUGAGCCGCGAGCCCAGUCCUGGAAGCACAUCCUGGCGCUGAACUAUGUCGCCCUGGUGCUAGGUUUCCUCCUGCCCUUCAUCAUCAUCUUGGGCUGCUACGGCUCCAUUAUGCUCACGCUGGCAAGGGGGAAGAAGAGGCCGAGGCGAAACCGGCAGAACCGCCGCCGCUCUGUCUACCUGAUGGCGGUGAUCCUCAGCACCUUCCUCCUGUGCUUCCUGCCCUACCACCUGUUGCGCUCGCUGCACCUCCAUUCCAUUGUGCAGCGCUGGGGCGACCAGGUCACGGGGUGGCUUAUGCGCGUGCUUGUGGUCACACUCUGCCUGGCCGCAUCCAACAGCUGCCUCAACCCGCUGCUCUACUACUUUGCCGGGGAAGCCUUCCGCAGUGUGGUUCGCACCACCGUUCGCAGCAGACUCAGCACUGCCUCUUUCAGCUCCCUUGGCCCGGGAAGCAUGCACUUGAGGAUGCGGUCGCAGUGCCCACCCCCCACUGCUGUCUGAGGAAGGAUGAACAGUGAUGAUUGGUUAGAGACCACAUGGAACUCUUUGGAGUAAUGUUUUUCGGAGAACUUAUUGCUAUUUGCCAGAUAGUGGAAGAGCUCUUAUGCCAAAGACUUUUAACUAUAUUCUAGUGACUGUUAUCUUUAUCUUUGUUCUGUUAUUUUAUGGAUGUAGAACUUGUUCAGGAUUAAAGCUCCAAUUCUA